CUCAAAAACGUCAGGCCACGAGGUAUUUUUGCUGCAGGCGCCGUGUCUGCCGCACUGCUCGCGGUGCUUGUGUGAUCAUUGUGUUGUGCUUGUGAACUUGUCGUGCCAGACUUGUGUUUAGGGUUUUAGUAAGCCCCCACCACCAGCCGCAGUGGCGUGUUUAGUGCCCGGGCAGUAGGUGAGUGUGUUGAAGUACCCCGAGCUGAGACUGCGUGUACACUGACUGCCUUCACUCACCCGCAACACUCGCUCUUUCCUCGCCUUGAGAGACUCACAUCUAACGUGCGAAGUCUUCCGAGACAUAAAGUGAAGACACUCGCGCAUGGUAUUAAGCUAGUCUGCACCAAACUUUGUGCGUGAGUUUCGGACACUGACGCAUCGACAGCUUGUGGUGACGCCGUGCGUGUGGUGGACGCGGAGUAAUGAUGCAACACCAGCCGCGUGCAGCACCAAACCACUGUCCUGCUUCCCAUCCCACCGGCCCCUGCCCUCCCACUCAUCUCUAGUGGCUCCUCUCUUCCUCCAGCUGACUACUGAUCUUCGCCAUCACAUUGAACACUACUCUUCACAAUACACAGCACAGUUAUCUAAUGCCCUAAUAAAAGCAAUUUCUUGGUUUUUCUCACUGUUAAACACUACUACUACUACUACUACUACUACUACUACUACUACUACUACUACUACUACUACUACUAGCACCACCGCCACAUAAAUUCUUGCCAGUCAGUUAGGAGUAGUUGUAUAGUUCUUUUCUUUUUUCUUUCAAGCUAGUUAGUUAAUUAAGUCCACACGACUUGAGGGGCAUCUUUGUUUCAAGCUCUGUUUCAUAUACGACACUAACCUUGACAUUGCACUAAAUAUCUCUCUCUCUCUCUCUCUCUCUCUCUCUCUCUCUCUCUCUCUCUCUCUCUCUCUCUCUCUCUCUCUCUCUCUCUCUCUCUCUCUCAAAUUUAGUACUCCCUUGUUCACCACCCGCCUACUCCCGCAACGCCUAAGGGAGAAAUAUGGAUUACCCAAACGGACGCUAAGUGGGCACCACAGCUACCCUCCCUCUCACCACAUGCCCACCCACGCCCACGCCCACGCCCACGCCUACGGCCAUGGUCACCAUCACCACUACUCGAGCCACCACCUGUCAGACCUACUCAGAUUUCACCAACCUCCGCCGCCCAUGCUGUACCGUACGGUGGAGAAGAUGUGGGGCGGCGGCGCUCCUGGUGGUGGAGGAGGAGGAGGUGGUGGAGGAGGUGGUGGUGGAGGUGGAGGACUGCCUGGUGGUGUAGUGGGUCCUCAACUUGGUGACACUCACACUCAUUCAGCGCCUACACAAGACGGCCAGGAUGUCAAGAUGUCCUGUGCCUCCCCACCACCAGCUACUUCGGCGGCGACGUCUGUCCCUUCAGUCUCAGCCUCGUCCACGCCACCUGCACCACCCACACCCAUGGAAACCUCGCACUUACCGGCAAUGCUCUCCCAGCUCUCACAAAGCAUGAGUGCCGCCGCUGCCAGCAUUCAAAGGGACUCCUCGCCUCCCCCCACCUCCAACCACGAUACCCCAAUCCCUAGCGUCCUCCAGCCAGGCCCUCCCUCGCCCGCGCCCCUGGAUUCCUCCUCUUCCCAAGACAUGCUUAAGAUGGAAACCAAUGAGAGCGAGGCAGCCCCAGGAGGGAGUGACACCCCCCACAACGGUCCGUCGAUGCCCCCUGGACUGGGUCCGGCUGUUGCCGCAGCCGCUGCCGCUGCUGCUGCUGGAGGAGUAGGAGCCCACACCCUCCUGCAGCAAACUAUGUCUCAGCUUCUCCGACCCUCGUCUGCACGGCCCGACCUUGUCCCCUCCCCUCCGUCACACCUCGGCCAUGGCUCAGAAAACCCACGGCCUCCUUACUGGGGUGCCCCACAUGACCUUCGCCCCGACUCUGAUCGCCAGGACACUCACUCGCCCACAUCAAUCGACCCAGCAAAGUUGGGGAUUGAAAAGGUGGAUAGUGUAAGUGGAUCCUCCUCAGGAUUCCCUCCGAAGUCUUCGCCGCCCAUGAGUCAGUUCAACAUGCCAGCGGAGCUUUUCCAGAUCUUCAUGCACAAGUCUGCCAUGCAGAUGCACAACCGCGAUACUCACCGCACCGAGGUGAAGCCGCACCAGUGUCAGCAGUGCCUGAAGUCCUUCUCCUCCAACCACCAGCUGGUGCAGCACAUCAGAGUGCACACCGGCGAGAAGCCAUACAAGUGCUCCUACUGCGACCGACGCUUCAAGCAACUCUCCCACGUGCAGCAACACACCAGACUCCACACGGGUGAACGGCCUUACAAAUGCCACAUCCCAGACUGCGGACGCGCCUUCAUCCAGCUGUCGAACCUUCAGCAGCAUCUUCGCAACCACGACGCUCAGCUAGAAAGGAUGAAGAACCGUCCCUUCCACUGUAACAUCUGCGGAAAGGGAUUCGCCACGGAGAGUUCCCUCAGGACUCAUACAUCUAAGCACGCUGCCCUGGUCGGUGGCCCCAACGCUGUCAAUUGUCCUCAGUGUCAGAAACUGUUCAUGAAUGGCGAGCAGCUGAUGGAGCACAUGAAGUAUACGCAUAGGGACCCAAACGCCUCUGGAGUAGCAGUUUUUCCUUAUACCACAGCCAAGCGUCGCACAGCCUCCCAUUCCUGCCCUGUCUGCGGCAAGCAUUAUGUGAACGAAGGCAGCCUACGAAAGCACUUGGCCUGUCACCCGGAGACCUCGCAAUUUACCUCCUCCCUCAGGAUGUGGCCCUGCUCGGUGUGCCAUGCUGUCUUCACGCACGAGUCAGGCCUGCUGAACCACAUGGAACACAUGCGCAUGGACCCCAAGCAUCAGUUCGCCGCGCAAUACGUCCUCUCCCGAGCCGCUGCUGAGCGACGCGAGAGGGAGAGCAUCCUGGGCCUGGCGCAGGUUGGGCUCCAGGGCGGUGGCAACCACAUGGGCAUGGGCAUGGGUAUGGGAAUGGGCAUGGGUAUGGGUAUGGGCAUGGGCAUGCCGCACCAAAUGCAGCACCAUGCCCAACACCAAACGGCGCCCAUGUCCAUGGCGGCGUCCCCGUCUACUCAAAGCGACGCCUCCUCUAGGAUCUCCACGCCCGCUGAGAAGUUGGAGGGCGGCAUAGGAAGGAUGCCGUCCCCAACAGACGCCAUCCGCUCCAUCACCAGCCAUCACGACGUGAUGAACCAGAUGCGCCCGCAGCCCAGCGACAACAUGCGAGCCAUGAUCAGCCAGAGUCAGGCAGAGCUGGUCAAGUCCACACUCACCUCUCAGGCGGAGACCAUCAGGAACGCGAUGGCCUCCCAGGCCGAGGCCAUCCGCAGCCUGUCCAAUCCCCACGGCCAGCCAGUCCCCCCGCAGCCCAAUCAACAGCCGUCUCCGCAACAGCAGCAGCAGCAACAACAACAACAGCAACAGCAGCAACAGCAGCAGCAACAACAGCAACAACAGCAGCAACAGCAGCAGCAGAAUGCCCACCAAGCCCCGGAGCCCAUGGGGUCUCCUCAGCCUGACAUGCGGGACAUGCGUGACCCCAGGAUGGGUGUGGGCGGCGGCAUGGAGUCUGCUCUGAGGAGCGCUCAGGCGGAAGCAGCGCUGAGAUUGGUGAGUCACGAGGGCCGCCCCUCACCGCAGCACCAAGGUGACCUGACUGACUCUAUCCGCCUACAAGAAAUGCGUAUGGAACAAGCAUUGCGGCUACACGGUGACCCUCGCGCCCUGGCAACCUCCUUGCCCGGCCCCCUGGGAUUCCCCCUCGCCCCUCCUCAACACCAGCCGCAGCAACAGAGCGCCUGAAGUUACCCAAGCCUGCCUCCUGUCUGGGAGCAACAACCGCCGCCACUCGCCCGUGCUAGUCCUCCGGUGAACGUGUUAUGACUUUGUGUGUGUGUGUGUCACAACGCCUCGGUUCCACCUUUGUUCUGUUGUGUUGUCGUAUUUUUAACUGUGAUAAAAUGAAACGGUUUCCCACAGGAACCGCAUAUUAUUUAAAUGGUCACUUCUCUGUGUUAGUUCCUUGAGUUGUUGCUGUUACGGUGUGGCCGAACGUGGAGGCCUUGGCGGCGCGGGUAGGAGCAGGGCCUCUGGCUGUCUGCCCGCCCCGCCCCGCCUAGGGCCUCCGCAGUGGCCGUCACGUCCCAGGUGUCCUAAGGGACGCCCUCCCGACAGUUCCUCACAGUUACUUUAAGUGCAAUUUUAGGGACCAGCGGUCUGUGACACUAUACCUACAGAGAGGCUGAGCUGCGUGGCCCCGCGAGUGGCAUCCGGGCGGCAUCCCAGGCUGGGACAGGGGGGUUGCCACACACCCGCCCUGGACUCAGUGAGGCAGGCGUUACUGUAUACCAUAAGUUCGUAUAGCUUCCAAGGCUUGAUUUAAUUGCAGUCAUAGUGUACUUGCAAUAAUGAAAAAAAAAAGUAUCUUUAUAUAUUGUGUCGCAUAAUACUGCACCGUGAUGGGUACUUGUUAAGCUUCGCACAGCCCAAGAUAGAACACUAAACAUUAAAGGUCCUACUGCAAGCAUACAAUCAAACAAGAUCCCGCGAAAAUAUAAAAGUGAACCUGUGGUGUGGUGCUAAGGGUGUGCGGGUGAGACUUUGCUAUGAUGCAACCACCGGCGGCAGCGAACCUUUGAUAGCGCGCCGUGAUGCUGGGCGACCCGCUGCCCUUCCGCCCACCACGACCUCUGGCGUCCACCUACUGCGAAGGGGGCGACAGCAUAUGCUCUGAACUCCUUAAACCUUAUGAUGAACCACGUUAGGCGAGAGAGACGUCCACUAUCCCUCCACCUCAAGACGCCUGCUGGACCCCACUCGCUCUCACCUCAGCCGAAUGUGUUUUGUCAUUACCUCUUGCUCACGCCACGCAGGUCCUACGUCGAGUGCUAUUGUGGGGCGUCGCGCACCUCCACUGAUAAAGGUUUUAAUUGCUCACUUUCGGAGGAUGAAAUUAAUAAAUCUCAAACCUCGGAAAGUAAGUCUGAUGAAGCUUCAGAGUUAAGUA